GUUCCACCAGCACAAUCGACGCUUAUCGACGCCAGCUCAAACGACAAACACGAAAGCAAGCGACUCUUGGCCGCCUAAGUCUUCACGCUCAGUCCUCUGCUAGACCAUACCGAUUUAUUCGCAAGCAUAGGGUACCGCCAAUCAUGGAUCCAGGCCGGCAAGCCAUGAUCAACGGCCGGAGGUCACCGACCCGACGAGACAUCACAUCUCCGCGUCGCGACAACUCGUCGAGAAUCAGCAAGCCGCCACGGCCGGCGCAGAACAAGCCACUGCCCGGCCGCGCGGCGGCCGUGGGCAGCUACCUCAGCCAGGAUGAGCAGUCGCGGCAGUACGUCGCCGACGAAGACAAGUUUGUCCUCAAGCAGUCCAAGAAGAAGGCCGACAUCCGCGUGCGCGAGGGCCGCGCGAAGCCCAUAGACCUGCUGGCCUUCAACCUGCGAUAUAUUGACACCAAUCGCGAUGUCUUCGACGACGAGGACCAGGACAUCGAGAUCGACGUGCCGUCCCCGAGCGCGGUCAUCCAGAAGCUGCGCGAGGCCGAGCUCGAGGAGCUGGAGUCUGAGAUUGCUUCGUAUCACACCCUCGAGACGAGCUCGAGGAAUGCCGAAUACUGGUCUGCGCUCAAGAUUAUCUGUGCGGACAGGAGACGCACCCUGAAACCCCUCGGACGCGAGGAGCGGGUGGUCAGUUCGGUCUCGGCAGAUGUGGACAAGAUCUUGGGACCCAAGACUCUGGAACAGCUCGAGAAGUUGGAAGGGCAGAUCCAGGCCAAGCUGCGAUCAGACGAGGUAUUGGACACAGACUACUGGGAGCAGCUGCUGAAGAGUUUGUCAAUCUACAAGGCAAAGGCGAAGCUGGAGAGGAUUUGCGCGACAAUCAAAGAGGCCAGGACGAAACAGUUGCUCGAGCGGGACCCCGGUUUGGCCGAGCAGAUGUCCAGUGCAGAUACCCCAGCUGGCGGUGGCGCUGCUUCUGGGAUGGUUGCGUCCGCAAGCACAUCACUGUCGAAUGUUUCAAGAGUCAGCCCGGCCGCAUCUGGGUCUUCAACAACAUCGUCGUUGCAGGCCAAGAUGGCUCUUGCGGCUGCUCAGAGCGCAAGCUCUCCCGCUCCUGGAACGGCACGGUUUGCUGCCACCGCAGAUGAGGACUUCUCCUCGGCGACCAAGGCCUUGUACGAGAGAGAGAUGGCUCGAGGUAUUAGCGAGAACGAAGAGAUCUUUACAGCAGAAGAGUCGGUCGCGACCGGCUCGAAGCCGGUAUGGGCGAACAAGUAUCGCCCCAGGAAGCCCCGAUACUUCAAUCGCGUGCAGAUGGGUUACGAAUGGAACAAGUACAACCAGACCCACUAUGACCACGACAACCCGCCGCCCAAAGUCGUGCAAGGCUACAAGUUCAACAUCUUCUACCCUGACCUAAUCGACAAGACAAAGGCUCCCACCUUCAAGAUCAUCCGCGAGCACGGCCGUCGCCGGGGUGAGUCAUUCGCUCCAGCUGGCGAGGAAGAUACUUGUCUUCUCCGCUUCAUCGCCGGCCCACCCUACGAAGACAUUGCGUUUCGAAUCGUCGACAAGGAGUGGGACUAUAGUGCAAAGAGGGAACGGGGUUUCCGGUCCAGCUUCGACAAGGUACGUGCUCUUAUGCAGUUUGUGGUGCGCGGGCUCUAUUCUGGUCGCUGCACAGCCUCUCCCUUGCUUGAGCAUCGCGUGGCCAGAUGCAGCAUGUCACCACGAUGUGAGCUCUGGCCAGGCCUCCCCCCCUCUUUGCACUGGUUCAUCACUGCCGACCUCAUGCCAUGCAGGCAAUUCUGUGGCUGAGGCUCGCUAGGUGAUCGGCUCUUCCUGCUCUGAUCCUUGCAUGAUGUACUCUUUGGCGCGCUGCAGGCAGCAUGUUCAUUCUUAGCAUCGGCUAAUUGUGUUGGUUUACAGGGUAUUCUGCAACUGCAUUUU